AUGGCAGGAAACCGAGAUCUCAAAAUGAAGGCUCCAAUGAAUGACGAUUAUGGUGAAACUCCAUUAGAUGGUUUCAACAAGGGGGUAAAAGAGACCACGGCUCAUUAUAGGGAAAUACUAGCUAUGUACAAGGAGAUGAAUGACGCCAUUGAAGCAAGGCAUCAAGAAGAGAUUGAGGUGGUUCGCCUUCAAGCCAAACUCGAGGUACUUGACCAUCUCAACGAUUUGUUUGAACUCAUCAAUGAGAAGGAAAACUUAGAGUCCGAGCUUAGGCUUGCCGAAGCUAAGAUGGAUGAUGUGAAAGUCCCUAGCAUGGAUUGGUUCAAGUUGGGUGAACCAAAAAUGUGGUGA